ACAUUUCCGUUUUUAUGACCUUCAACCUUUUCUCUUGCUUCCCCUACUUCCAAAUAAUACUCUGUCCUUCCACCACCUCCGCCGCCCUCCUCCACCACAAUCCUUACCGGAAUAACACUACAGAAUGACGGAUAAAGUUUACCCUUCAUCAAAGCCCAAUGCCUCCACUGCCGCCACCAAAAACCCUAAAUUACCACCUCCACCAAUGAAAGCCCAACUUUACAACCAGAACCGCCAUCCCUACCGGCCGAAUCUGACCAGUUAUCACCGGAAGCGCCGCCAUGGAUUGCGUCGGUGCUUCUGCCUAUGUUGCUUCUGGUCAAUCCUUAUCGUAAUCCUCCUCCUCCUCCUCGCCACGAUCUCCGGCUGCGUUCUCUACCUCCUCUAUCAUCCACACCGUCCGACGUUCACGGUUGCCUCACUCAAAAUUUCGCAAUUCAACCUCACCACCGCCACCGACGGUACCACACACCUUACCUCUCAACUUAACCUCACUGUUUCGACAAAAAAUCCGAACAAGAAAAUCGUGUUUCACUAUGAUCCAAUCGCGAUCACUUGCUUAUCUGACGGAACACAGAUCGCAAACGGAUCUUAUGGAAACUCGUUCACCAGCAAUCCGAAUAACAUCACGAUUCUCCGUUCGUCAUUAAGUAGCAACUCUCUGCUGCUUGAAACAGAGACAGUGAAUCAAAUGAGAUCAGAUCUGAAGAAAAAAUCACGAUUGCCAUUGAAAAUAUUGCUUGAUACUGAAGCUACAAUGAAAAUCGAAUCAUUCGAGAGCAAAAAGAUCGGGAUUAGGAUCAAAUGCGAGGGAAUUCAUAGCCUAACUCCAAAAGCUGGUGGUGGAAAAUCCAAUAGUUCAUCGUCAUCAGUAGCUGCUACUGUUUCUGAUGCUAAAUGUGAGGUUGAUCUUCGGAUCAAGAUCUGGAAAUGGAGUUUUUGAAGCUUCUAGUUUCUACAGAAUCUAUAUUUGUUAUUAUAUAUAUUAUUAUUUCGAAAUUCAUGAGUUUGAUUAUUCAUAGUAUUUGUUGAAUGUAAGUGGUGUUCUAAUAUUUUCGUAUAAUAUAUACCAUUAAAUUUACGUUAAA